AUGGUGACCCAGGAUACCAACGCAAACAAGCACCGCUUGAAAGUAACGGCAGGUGCGGACUACGACCCCAAAACUCCCCACCAAGUGGUACCUGUAAAUGGCGAGACAAUUCGAAUCGAGAACGAACACGCUAUUGUAAUAUCCCUAGUCUCGUCUAUUCAGCCAACGGAGCUCAUCCGUCAAAUAGGCUAUCCCGAAAGUUCACCAUCCACAAGUCCAUAUUUCGACCAUCCUCUGCAUGAAAAAGACCUAUAUUCCAUAUGCUUCUCAAUAAUUUUCAAAGAGCCGGUGAACGGCAACAACCUCUUCUUUGGCAAUGACUUCGAUCAUCCAAUCCGUGACAUCCUACCACCAGGAUUCAACGCAGCGCUACGGAUAGUCAAGUGGACUCUCGACCCUAGCCUAGACGGCGAUGUCUACGCUGAUGAGCCGUACCUGUACAGCCCGGCAUUGGCAUCAUGGGACCAGUUCCGCAUUGGAGAUAAGAUGCGGAAAACAGAGGACGUGCCAAAGCUCCAUGACGAGAUUAUUGAAGAAGGUUCUUAUAGCGAAGAUGCUGCCAAUGUGCGUCAGCAAUUCAAUAUCCCCGAUACAGUCGAGGGGCGCAGAAAGUAUUUCCAGGAUGAGAUGAAUAGAAAGGAGUUUACCUUUGAGCCUGGGAGAAUGUAUACUGUUGAUUUUGGAAAUCCUUAUUUGGCAUUCGACGAUUUCUCUGUUCGUCUUCCUGGAUUCACUCUACCUAUCAUGAAGUACGUCAAUGAGAAGAACCAUCAGCUGCGAUAUACGCUCAAGGACGUUACAACCGGAAGGGUGUAUCUUGCUGUGGUGUUCUCGGUGGUCCUGUGCGAAACGGAAGAUAAGAAAGGCCACAGCAAGAGCGAGCAACGUGAUGAGAAUCUAGGGAAGUUUGACUGGGAGGCAGAGCCAUCGUCUAGCGAUGUUGAGUGA